AAACCUUUGAUAAAGAUUCACAAUUUAAACCUGAUUCUCUCUUCUCCACCUAAACCCUCAAUACCUUGUUCCUUCUUCUUCUUCCCUAUGUGGUUCUGCAACAAACUCAACAAUGGAGUCAAUCUCCUGUUGGGUAUACAAAGGAGAACGCUUUCUCGUGGAUAUGGAUCUUCUUCUAUGGGAAAGUUUGAUCUUUACAAAAGGAUCUCGCCUCUGGGAGACCCUAAGAUCUCAAUUGUUCCUGUUCUUGACGAAUGGCGUGGAGAAGGGAACUACACAAGCAAAGAAGAGCUUCGUGGAAUGAUUAAAGAGUUGAUGAAGUACAAACGAUUUGGUCAUGCUCUUGAGGUAUCGCGGUGGAUGUCUGAUAGAAUGUUCUUUCCUCUCUCGACGGCUGAUUUUGGUACACGCAUAAACUUGAUAUCAAGAGUAAGUGGACUUGGAGAAGCAGAGGUUUUCUUUGACAACAUUCCCAAAAAUGUGAAAGGUAUUGCUGUGUUUUCUAGUCUACUUAGCUGCUACGCACGUGCAAAGUCCGCAGAAAAAGCCGAGAGGCUUGUGGCAUCCAUGAAGGAAACGGGGAUUUCCAUGGACACCCGUUGUUACAAUCUUUUGAUGAAUAUGUACUAUCAGAUGAACGUUCAUGGAAAAUUAGAUGAUUUGAUGUUUGAAAUGCAACAGAACGGAGUCCCUUUUGACCAGUUUACUCUUGGUAUUCGUCUCAGCGCAUAUGCCGCAGCUUCUAAUAUCGAAGGAAUAGAGAAAACAAUAGAAAAAAUAUCAUCAAUGCCCCACAUGGCUAUUGACUGGACCAUUUAUAGCGCUGCAGCCAAUGCAUUCCUCAAAGUUGAGCUCAUGGAUAAGGCUACAAUGAUGCUUAAGAAGUGUGAGGAGCUUGUGAAUGAAGAUACUGGGAACGAAGCAUUUCACACGCUCCUGAAGUUGUAUGGGGAAGCUGGGCAAAAGGAUGAUCUUUGCCGGGUCUGGCUCGGUUUCAAAGAAAAGAGGAAAGUGUUCAACAUUGGAUACAGGACAAUGAUAAGCUCGGCUUUGAAACUUGGUGACAUUGAAUUAGCAGAGAAGGUUUUUAACCAGUGGGAAUCCAAGAAACUGGCUUAUGAUUUCCGGAUUCCUAAUCUGUUGAUCAAGUGCUACUGUGAAAAGGGUCUUAUAGAAAAAGCUGAGCUACUCUUAAAGAAAUUAGAAGGAAAUGGGGUUGAUCCACCUAUGGAUGUAUAUCUUUGCUUAGCAAAUAGUUAUCUUGAGACUGAUGAAAUUUCCAAGGCAACAGAAGCGAUUGAGCGUGCAGUCUCAUUGCAGCCAGAGACCAAACAUAGACUCGAGGCUCAGAGGGAAUUGCUGAAUUCAUGCUUAGCGUGUUUAAAAGGGAAUGGUGAUGGUAGAAAGAGGUUUGGUGAUGUUAUUGAUUCGUUGACAAGUGAGAAUCUCUUCUCUGUAGCUGCUCUUGAAACACUUUCUCAUCAUUUUUCAGAGAUCAAAGGAAACAAAUAGCAUUCUCUCAUUUUGAAGCCACUAUGCUUUAUAGGCCACCGAUUGACAAUGAACAGAGAAUUAGCUCUUCUUUUUCAAAAUAGUUUUAGGAUUUUCUGUUAUUAGUUUGUAAGUUAUGCACUGGAGAUCAAAUAAAUGU